UUAGAGAAAUGAAUAAUGGGAAAGGUCUGUGACGUUUUCAAAGGUAAACUCUAGUCUCUGUGACGUGCCUCUGGCAGCAGCACGUAUACAUUUGUAGAAGAGUAUAAAAGGUCCACCAGGACCUCUAUGACAGUACGGCAGAACGGCGCGGACAUCCUGCUCUGCAAGCAUGGGAAAGAUCAUCUUUUACGAAGGCCGCAACUUCCAGGGGCGCUCCUAUGAGUGCUCCUCUGACUGCUAUGAUACCUACAGUCACUUCAACUGCUGCAACUCCAUCCGGGUCAUGGGAGGUCACUGGGUGGGGUACGAGAAGCCCAACUAUAUGGGGUAUCAGUACGUCCUGGGCCGUGGGGAGUAUCCUGACUUUCACCACUGGAUGGGCUUCAACAAUUGUAUCAGAUCUUGUCAGAUGUUCCCCCCAUACAGAGGAGCCUACCGCAUGAGAAUCUACAACAGACCUGAUAUGUACGGACACAUGAUGGAAUUCACAGACGACUGCCCCAAUGUCUACGACCGUUUCGGCCACCACGGCAUCUACUCCUGUAACUGUAUGGAGGGCUUCUGGAUCUUUUACGAGCACCCCAACUACAGAGGCCGUCAGUACUUCCUGAGGCCCGGAGAGUACAGAGCUUGCAUGGAAUGGGGUUGCAUGAAUCCCAUGAUUGGCUCCUUUAGGAGAAUGAGGAGCAGUUUAAUGUAAAAGCGGUCCUUUUUUAUUCCCAUUAAAGACAUUAAAACUAUUUAAAACA